CUUGCGGUCACCAACUUCUCUCCUCUUCCUGAAUCUCGAGAAUUGCUUUAUUACAUAAUAUGUCACGAGCAAGCUCAAUAGCUCCAGCCGACGCCGUCGCAGCUGCAAUCAAUGAUGGCAAAAAGCAUCUCCUUCUAGCUGCGAGUGGCUCGGUCGCAACAAUAAAACUUCCCAACAUAAUCUUCGCUCUGUCAAAACACCAGAACCUAUCCAUCAGAGUGAUCCUCACCAGUUCCGCUGCACACUUUCUUAACGGCCAAUCUCAAGAACAACCCACCAUCGAAUCACUCGCUUCCCUCCCCAAUAUCGACGGGAUAUACCAGGAUAAGGACGAAAUGGGAGAAUCAUGGAUCCGCGGCGCGGGUAUCUUGCAUAUCAACCUACGCAAGUGGGCACAUAUCCUGGUCAUUGCGCCACUGAGCGCCAAUACGCUGGCGAAGAUCGUCCAUGGGAUGUCGAAUAACUUGUUGACGGAUACGAUUCGGGCUUGGGAUACGUCGGGCCAAUUGGAAGGAAUGAAGAAGCGCAUUGUGGUGUUUCCAGCUAUGAACGUAGCUAUGUGGUUGCAUCCGGUCACCACGCAACAAAUAAGGGUACUCGAGGAAGAUUGGGGUGUGAAGGAUAAUGGAUAUGAUGGCCAGGAUAAUCCGGGCUGGUUUGAGGUCUUUAGGCCUAUUGGGAAGACGCUUGCUUGCGGAGACAUCGGAAUCGGAGGCAUGCGAGAAUGGACCGAAGUGGUUUCCAUCAUUGAAGAGAGACUGGCACUCGCUACCUGAGGCUAUCUGGUCCACACGGAGAUGUCAAUCUUGAGGACCACCUUUCCUCAAUUUAGGAAAACCCAUUACGUCCAGUGAUUGUUUUGACAACCUUGCAUUUGAGCUCCAGUGUCGCUUGAGAGUGCAGGAAAAUGUUUUUUGAAGAAGGAUGAUCUGCGUCGGGUAGCGGCGGAAGGACUUGGUAUUUACGCGCCACGUUCGGGACAAACCAGACAACAUAGCCGUGGUACUUAUAUUGGUGACCACGUACCAGAUGUACCUGGACCGUAACGUGUACCCUUGCAAUUAACGCCUCCUCGAACUGGGUGAGCUCGGGCUGGUGUGACGGCACCGCCGGCAAAUUGUGCCGCUGUACUCGCCAAUGGUGGAUGUACAUUUGUCGUUCUGUCGCUUCUUACCCUGCUUCCAUCGCUCUGCUUGUAUGAGGGAGGUAUAUCGGCAUCGGGAUCAUCAGAGAGGACAGCCAUCAGGAAUUAUGUUAUGGCCGAGGACAUUAUGAGAAUCUGAAGGUCAUUGAUAGGAAGAUACUUGUAAUAGACUUUACUUGACACAUCAAGUCGACUUUAUGGACACACGAUGUGAAUUCGUGUUCGAACAUCGUAUUCCUUCUCUGAAAGUUCUGGUGUGAAUUCGAGGAUGUUCAUG